AUGCCUCCGCCCAUCACUCACCUUACAAAACGUGCAAACGAUCCCGAAAAACAUAAAAGAGAAAAACGUAUCCCACAUCCCGAUCCUUUGAAACCUGUUCGGAAUCCAACCAUGUCGAAAUCUCCUACAUUCUCUCAAGAAAAAGUUACUGUUGUCUUUGUGUUGGGUGGACCUGGAGCAGGUAAAGGAACACAAUGUGAACGUUUGGUAAACGAUUAUGGUUUCGUUCAUUUGAGUGCAGGCGAUCUCUUACGUGCCGAACAAAAACGUGAAGGUUCAGAAUAUGGUCAAUUGAUUGCCGAUCAUAUUAAAGAAGGUAAGAUCGUACCACAAGAGAUCACCAUUGCACUUUUACGUAAUGCAAUGAAACAAGCUAUUGAUGCUCAAGGAAAAACUUUGUCCGGACAUGAUGUUCCACAACAACACAAGUCCAAAUGGACAGAUGGUAAAGGUCGUUUCUUGAUCGAUGGUUUCCCACGUAAAAUGGAUCAAGCAAUCAUCUUUGAUGAAACUGUUUGCCUUUCAAGAUUCGUUCUCUUUUUGCAGUGUAGCGAAAAGGUUAUGUUGGAACGUUUAUUGGAACGUGGAAAGACUAGUGGACGUACAGAUGAUAACGAAGAAAGUAUCAAGAAACGCUUCCAAACAUUUGUUGAUACUAGCAUGCCCGUUGUGGAGUACUACCGCAAGCAAGAUCGUGUUGUAGAAGUGGAUUCCGAGCAAUCUGUCGAACAGGUUACCGAAGCUAUCCGUAAAGCAAUGAACGAUACUUUUGCACGCUUGGGUCAAGCUGCAUGAUGGUGCCUUUGUUUAGACAUAAUUAUUUCAGGUAUAUCAUACAAUCUAUAUAUUCAUGCUGUGGUGUUGGUUAUUGUACAGUGCAAGCCACUAGAAUGGCUUAAAGUUU